AUGGGUCGCCCACAUCGAACAUCCAGCAACCUUGGGGGUGACCCUCGCGGAGAUACAAGUUCGCCGGCUUUGGCUACCAUGACUCCCAGAUCAUCUGGACAAGUACCUGCAAGCGCAAAAGACCUGAAAUCCCAUUCAAAGAGACGAAAAGCCCGAUCUGCGUUUCGAAAGUGGAAACAAAUCUCGCUGCGGCAUACAUGGCUCAAUCCGCUUAUCAUAGUCGUCGUAGUCCUGAUCGCCUACUUCAUCAACCCCGGAGAGCAAAAUCCAUUGCACAAAGCGAUUUUCCUAUCCUAUCCUCUCGGACCAGAUUACCCGGGCGGACCGAGCAUGUAUGGCAAAGGCAAAGCAGACAUUGCCUUUGUGUCAUUUUACACCAUUGUGCUGAGCUUUACAAGAGAAUUCUUAAUGCAAAGGAUGAUUCGUCCAUUGGCAAUCCAUUGUGGCAUCACGAAAAGGGCAAAGCAGGCACGGUUUAUGGAACAGGUGUACACUGCCAUUUACUUCGCCAUUUUUGGACCAUUCGGCCUGUAUGUCAUGUCGAGGGGUCCUCUUUGGUAUUUCAACACUACGGCAAUGUUUGAAGGAUUCCCGCAUCGGACUCAUGAAGCUGUCUUCAAGGCCUAUUAUUUGCUACAAGCCAGUUACUGGAGUCAGCAAGCUAUUGUCCUCCUCCUGCAACUGGAGAAGCCUCGAAAGGACUUCAAGGAGUUGGUUUUGCACCAUGUCGUUACGUUGGCCCUGAUCGGUCUAAGCUACCGCUUUCACUUUACGCACAUGGGAGUUGCGGUUUAUAUUACCCAUGACAUAAGUGAUUUCUUCCUUGCGACAUCCAAGUCUCUCAAUUAUCUCGACUCUAUUAUUGUGGGACCCUACUUCGGCUUCUUCAUCUGCGUCUGGAUCUACCUUCGUCACUGGAUCAAUCUUCGUAUUUUGUGGGCAACACUUACCGAAUUCCGAACUAUUGGGCCGUUCGAAUUGAAUUGGGAGACUCAACAAUACAAAUGCUGGAUCAGCCAGUAUAUCACGUUUGCACUUCUUGCAUGUCUUCAAGCUGUCAAUCUGUUUUGGUUAUUCCUGAUCCUCCGCAUUGCAAAGAACUACGUCUUCUCUAAUAUAAAGGCGGAUGAACGAAGUGACGAUGAAGACGAUGAAGAGGAGGUGGAGGUUGCUACAGAGGACAAGAAAGACAGUACCGCAAAACCCAAGAUGAAUGGAACAAAACCAAUGGUCAUGGUCAAUGAGGAGCCCGUGGAAGGCCGACCCAAGUCAAAUGGAGUUAAGGAACGAAAGAGGAAUGGCUAA